AUCAGCUUUAAAGCCCUCGUUUGCAAUCGCUCAGGCCUUUGCGGACCCAGGGAGCUUGCACAGACCUAUAGAACAGCUGUAGGAAGCGACGCGCUGCCUUGCACGCCGCCGCCGCGCCCAGCUAGCCUCAAAUAGCGAUUUGGUGAUAAGACGCAACCAUGGUCAAGCACAACAAGAUCAUCCCCAACCAGCACUUCCACAAGAAGUGGCAGACGUCGAGCCGCGGCCCGCUCCACAUCAAGUCCUGGUUCAACCAGCCGGGCAAGAAGAAGUCGCGGCGGCUGAAACGCGCCGCGAAGGCCGCGGCGAACGCGCCGCGGCCCGCGGACAAGCUCCGACCUUUAGUACGGUGCCAGACGCAGCAGCACAACGCCAAGGUGCGACUCGGAAGAGGUUUUUCAUUAGCUGAAUUGAAGGCGGCCAAGAUCAGCCCCAAGUUCGCGGCCACCGUGGGCAUCGCUGUUGAUCAUAGAAGGACGAACAAGUCCCAGGAGGCCCUGGACAUCAACGUCCAGCGCCUGACGGACUACAAGGCGAAGCUCGUCGUCUUCCCGCGGAAGGGCGCGGCCCCGAAGGUCGACGGCGCCGUGUCGUCGCUGCCGAAGCCCGCUGCAUCGAAGGCUCCGGCGGUCGAGUUCAUGGCCGUGCCGUCCGAUGGCGAGGGCGUCUACGAUGCCCAGCGCGCGACGUGGACGGAGAAGCGCUUGGCGGGCAUCCGGAAGAAGAUGAAGGAGGAGGCGGCGGAGAAGAAGAAGUAGAUACGGAUUGGGGUGUAAUGCUUCUUAUGACUA